CCCGGCUCUGCCUCCGGCGGCGGCCCCGCCGCUUGGGUCCCUCCCGCGCCCCGCCCCCCCGUCCCCCCGCCCCCCGAGAGCGCCCGGCUCUGCCUCCGGCGGCGGCCCCGCCGCUUGGGUCCCUCCCGCGCCCCGCCCCCCCGCUCUCCGAGAGCGCGAAUUUCUCCUUCCCCGCCUCAGUGACCGCCUCGGUGCGCCCCCCCUGGGGUCCCGCAGCCCACUUCGGGGAGGAAGCUGACGAGGUCGCGUUGCCCCCGCCCCGCUUCGGCCCCGAGCGCUGGUUUUGUUUUUUAAUAGCUUUUCAUUUUCCAAAACGCGUGCGACCGACGUUCUCCCGACAAAAGCUUGUGUCCAGGUUUUCUCCCCCCUGGCCCCGGCCCGGAACCCAGCCCGGGUCAGACGCGGGCCGUCCCGCUGCACCCGCACAAUCAGAUCCAAAGGAAAUAAAGUGAGAAAAAAGGCGGAAACGCGGCGGCUCCUCGGGCAGCCCCGCCCCCCCACCGGGCAGCCCCGCCCCCCCACCGGGCAGCCCCGCCCCCCCACCGGGCUGCCUCUGGGUAUUUGGGAUGCACCAAUCAGCCCGUUAGAUCUAAGCCACUGCACCGACCCUUAUUAGCACCUGCUGCCGGGCAGGGGCCGGGGUGACGUGGAAAGAGCGGAGGAAGAGCGUGAUAUUCGGCAAACCCCCGAUCUUGAGCCCGGCGACUUGGUUGAGGUUCAGAAGGAGACCCCAAGACGGGGGUCGCCGACCAGCGUCCCGAGGUGUCGCAAAAGGGUUUGCAGGAUUGAACUGACGCCCGCGGCAAGGGACGGUUUAUUGUAACAGUAACGCUAAUAGCCCUGCUGGGGCUUGGGAGUUUGCCCUUGAGGGCCCCAGGAGCCCCCCACCCCAUGCCAGCCUAGCAAAGAAGCCAGCCCGCGCGCCCCACCGACAGCUGAGGAAGAAAGGCCCCGUCUCAGUCUGCCAGAAAGCCCGUCAUUCAAAAGAGGCUAAUUCCGGGCAUCUCUGGCUCUGAUGUCCCGCCCGGCCUCUGACCCCCGGCCUCUGACCCCAGCGAUCCACAGUGAUACUGUAGGAAUCUAGGAGAUUAGGGAAGCAUCCUACAGUUCCAGCCCCUCACUCAGUGGGUCACGGUGUCCUAGCCAUUGGGGGCCUCCCCGGGAGCUCGCGUCCUGGGACCGCCUUUAUUCUCAGGACUUUCCUAGAGAGAAAAGUCUAAAAAGGUUCUCAGGCUGCAAGAAAGGAAAGACUGUUUCUUACUCAUUUCAGUUGGAUUAAAAGGGGGGAUUCCCUAGGCUUCCAUACAAUGUCCGCUUCCUUCUGCCCCCCGCGUCCCCCACCUCUCUGCCAAGAGGAGGCUGGUGUCCGUCCAAUGAAGUACCCACUCGCACCAUCUCUUUUUUACAGUCGGGGCUGGAGUGGCCGAAUAGCCCCUGAGCCACCCUUGGUUCUCUGAGCUGACGGGAGCCUCCUCCUGGAAACCUUGCAGCCAUGAGCGCCAAGAAGCUGGUGAACUCGGUGACGGGCUGUGCGGAUGAUGCCCUGGCCGGCCUGGUGGCCUGUAACCCUGGGCUCCAGCUCCUGCAGGGGCACCGCGUGGCCCUGCGCUCUGAUCUGGAGAGCCUGAAGGGCCGGGUGGCCCUGCUGUCAGGCGGGGGCUCCGGCCAUGAGCCUGCCCAUGCAGGUUUCAUAGGCAAAGGGAUGCUCACUGGGGUCAUUGCCGGGGCUGUGUUCGCUUCCCCCGCGGUGGGCAGCAUCCUGGCCGCCAUCCGGGCGGUGGCACAGGCGGGCACAGCGGGAACACUGCUUAUCGUGAAGAAUUAUACUGGGGACCGGCUCAACUUCGGGCUGGCUCGGGAGCAGGCGUGCGCCGAGGGCAUCCCCGUGGAGAUGGUCGUCAUCGGCGAUGACAGCGCCUUCACCAGCCUGAAGAAGGCUGGCAGGCGGGGGCUCUGCGGCACCGUGCUGAUCCACAAGGUGGCCGGGGCGCUGGCCGAGGCGGGGGUGGGGCUCGAGGAGAUCAUUCAGAGAGUGAGCACAGUCGCCGCCACCAUGGGCACCCUGGGCGCGAGCUUGUCCUCCUGCAGCGUGCCGGGCUCCAGACCCACCUUCCAGCUGCCCGCCGAAGAGAUGGAGCUGGGCUUGGGGAUCCACGGUGAGGCUGGCGUGCAGCGGCUGAAGAUGGCCACGGCUGACGAGGUGGUGAAGACCAUGCUCGACCACAUGACAAACCCCUCCAAUGAGUCCCACGUGUCAGUCACGGCUGGCUCUUCGGUGGUGCUGGUCGUCAAUAACCUGGGAGGCCUGUCCUUCCUGGAGCUGGGCAUCAUGGCGGACGCGGCCGUGCGCUGCCUCGAGGCCCGUGGGGUGAAGAUUGCCCGUGCCUUGGUGGGCACCUUCAUGUCAGCCCUGGAAAUGGCUGGCAUCUCUCUGACCCUCCUGCUGGCAGAUGAUGCCCUCCUCAAACUGAUCGAUGCCGACACCACGGCCUCCGCCUGGCCCCGUGUAGCCAGCGUCCCUGUGACAGGCCGUGCCCGGAGCCGGGCGGCCCCCACAGAGCAGCCGGGGGGCGCCAAGCCGAUUGCCACGGGAGGUGCUGCCUCCCAGAGGGCGACUCUCAUCCUGCAGCGGGUGUGCAGCGCCCUCCUCGGCCUGGAGGAAUAUCUGAACGAGCUGGACCGGGCCGCGGGCGAUGGUGACUGUGGGACCACCCACAGCCGGGCCGCCAGAGCCAUCCAGCAAUGGCUGGAGGAGGGCCCUCCCCCCAGCCGCCCUGACCAGCUGCUCUCGGCUCUGUCCCAGCUCCUGCUGGAGAAGAUGGGAGGUUCAUCGGGGGCGCUCUAUGGCCUGUUCCUGACCGCGGCCGCCCAGCCCCUCAAGACCACGCCUGGCCUUUCGGCCUGGACUGCAGCCAUGGACGCCGGGCUGGAGGCCAUGCAGCGGUACGGAAAAGCGGCUCCGGGUGACAGGACCAUGCUGGACUCACUGUGGGCCGCGGGCCAGGAACUCCACGCCCUGAAGACCCCGGGGGCCAACUUGGAGCAGGUGCUGAGCAAAGCAGUCCAGAGCGCCGAGGCCGCCGCAGAAGCCACCAAAGAUAUGGAAGCUGGAGCGGGGAGAGCCAGUUACAUCACCUCAGCCAAACUGGUGCAGCCAGACCCCGGGGCCGUGGCAGCUGCCGCCGUGCUCCGGGCCAUCCUGGAGACCCUGCAGGGCCAGAGCGGGUGAUUCCCCUGGGCCUCCUGGGGUACAGCUGCAUCUCUGCCCCAACCUAGCCCCAGGGGGCUUCUCCGCCUUUUGGGGAAAGGCCUUUGCACAAUCAUAUUUUAAAUGCAUAAAAUAAUCAGAUUCCAGAGGAAGUCAGUCACCCAGCAACCUAAGGGUCAAAGUAAUGUGUCCCCACGUGGCUCUUUCCAACAAGAAGAUGAUUCAGGCCCACCAUCUUGUGCUGAUCUACACCCAGAGAGGACUGUGGGAACAACUGAGGGUGGACCACAACCUGCUGUUUUCUCUUCUUUUGUUUGCUUUUUGUUUUCUUUCUCAUUUUU